GUGGCAGCGGAACGUGAACGGUGCUAAUAUUUCGACAGUGGAAAACCCGAGUAUUAAGCGCUCAUUUAAACAGUUUCUGAAAUAGUCUGCUCAACGCAGCAUGCUUACAGAUGGUUAACAUUUGACGUCUGAUAAAUUCUAAACUGCGCUGUGGGUUAAAUUCCUGACCGCGAGCUAUCGUAUGACUACCACUGGUAGCCAGGGAAGCUGGUUGGAUUUGACACUUGUAUCCGUCGGUGACUGUCACCGAGAAGGCACCUAUUCGUCUGCGGCAAGGUGCAGGCAGACUGAUCCACUGGAGAGCACCUUUUAGGAGGUAGACAAGGACAGAGCAGUGGUGCACGUCUGAGGCUUUGAGACCCAGGGCUAACCGAGCUAGCGGAGAGAGCCUGAACAGUUUGCCUAGGGGGCAGCAUCACAUCAUCAGACCCAGGAAAAUGGCACGCCUGGGAGGCAGUCAAAACCAGAAAGCUGAGUGCUUGGGGAUCAGUCACUUACAUUAAACAGCAUAGCGGCAGGCCUGAAUGGUUUUGGGACCCUGAAAGGAGCGCGCUGCCUUAGGGGCUGAAAGGGGAGCCUGUGCGGCAUCAUCGGCCGAUAAUAGACCGCUAGGAGGCAAGGGCUGUAAGAAGAACAGUAAGAACCAGCAGAGCGAGGGUGAGAAGAACAAUCCACAGGUUCAAGCUUGGUCUCCUCUUCUCAGCACAUCACGCCUCUAGAACUCCAUUGAUGGCCGUCGUUUGACGGGGCCAACUGCGAAUGCUGAGCAGGCUGGUGAGGUUGGGGCCCGCCCUCAGUCUCUGUUCAUUGGCUGCUGGAUGGAAUUGAGGUGAAUGGAGCCCAUUUCCAAUGUCGAGGACCCCAACUCAUCAGAGGGAGAUGAGAAACGGUGGCCCGAUGGCCCGAAAAGGAAGAGAAAGAACAGCACAUGUUCAGUGAAGAGCAUGUCUUCACUGAGCCUCUCUGUCCCAGGUUACAUCCCCAGCUACUUGGAGAAGGAUGAGCCGUGUGUGGUAUGUGGAGACAAGGCCACCGGCUACCAUUACCGCUGUAUCACCUGCGAGGGCUGCAAGGGUUUCUUCAGGCGCACUAUCCAGAAGAACCUUCACCCGGCUUACUCCUGUAAGUACGAUGGCUGCUGCAUCAUCGACAAGAUCACAAGGAACCAGUGCCAACUGUGUCGCUUCAGGAAGUGCAUCGCAGUUGGCAUGGCCAUGGACCUGGUGCUGGACGACUCUAAGCGGGUAGCUAAGCGGCGUCUGAUUGAGGAGAACCGGGAGAAGAGGAAGAAGGACGAGAUCGUGAAGACCCUGCAGACGCGUCCGGAGCCCGACAGCUCGGAGUGGGAGCUGAUCCGCCAUGUGACAGAGGCCCACCGCCACACCAACGCGCAGGGCUCCCACUGGAAACAGAAACGCAAGUUCCUGCCUGAGGACAUAGGUCAGUCCCCCGUGGCUCCCACCCCAGACGGAGACAAGGUAGACCUGGAGGCCUUCAGCGAGUUCACCAAGAUCAUCACCCCCGCCAUCACACGCGUCGUCGACUUUGCCAAAAAACUGCCCAUGUUCUCAGAGCUGCCUUGUGAGGACCAGAUCAUCCUAUUGAAAGGAUGCUGUAUGGAGAUCAUGUCGCUGCGCGCCGCCGUGCGCUACGACCCCGAGAGCGAGACGCUUACCCUGAGCGGCGAGAUGGCGGUGAAGAGGGAGCAGCUGAAGAAUGGCGGGCUGGGCGUGGUGUCGGACGCCAUCUUUGAUUUGGGCAAGAGCCUGGCGCAGUUUAACCUGGACGACUCGGAGGUGGCCCUGCUGCAGGCCGUGCUCCUCAUGAGCUCAGAUCGCUCGGGCCUGACGUCAGUAGAUAAGAUCGAGAAGUGCCAGGAGACGUACCUGCUUGCCUUCGAGCACUACAUCAACCACCGCAAUCACAACAUUCCCCACUUCUGGCCCAAGCUGCUGAUGAAGGUGACAGACCUGAGGAUGAUUGGGGCGUGCCACGCCAGCCGCUUCCUCCACAUGAAGGUGGAGUGUCCCAACGAACUCUUCCCUCCGCUCUUCCUGGAGGUCUUCGAGGACCAGGAAGUGUGAACUGACCCCUGACUUGUGACGUGGAAGAGAUAGAAGAGAGAGGGGUUAAAAGGGGUUAAAAAUUGGCAUCAUUCUUUGUUUUGUGAAACACAAUAUCACCACUACCACCACCAGCAGCACGGAUAGUCACCAAGAACAAAGUCACAGAGAAAAACAAAAAGGCUUUCUCUUGCGUAGCCGUUUUGAUGAUUUGUUUCUGUCCCCUCCUGGCCGCACUUGGGGCUCUUGUGGCUGCUGGGCCCCUCUCUGAGUUGAUGGUCUAUGGCAGCACUGUGCGUCUCUAUCUGACAGAGAAGCUAGCAGCCCUGAGCGGUGUUCUGCUCCUGUGUUGUAAUGUACACCUGGUGAACAUAUAUGCAAACCCAAGCCCCCGAGGUCUGCUUGGAGUACUGGUACUGGUGGAGCUCUGUGUUAGUGGAGGGCAAUCACUCUGAGAGGCAGAUGGUUGACAGACACACACACACACACUUACAUUUACAGACAAUCACACUCCUUUACAAAAUCAAACCUCACACAUACAGCCACUGAUAUACAUCUACAUCUACAUUCACAUAACACACACACACACUACUAUAGACAAACAUAUUCAUACAUGGACUGACGUAGCUUUUCAGAGCCGCCCAUCACUCAAGGAGGGCAGAUAGCUGCUGUAUUUUGUCCCACAAUCGAGCUUCCAUCAGGGGCUCCACUCUCCACCUGCUCCCCUCUUCACCGGCCUCCUCACCAGCCUCCACUGGGACAGUUACCAAGUGAACCCCCACACUUCUCUCUUUUGGACUCUUCCCUUCCACCCCUGAUGUGCAGCCCAAACUCCUCCUAACAAGACGUGAACCUACCUCCCUAUACCUUACAUACCUCCCUUACAGUUACACAUAUACCUCCCUUUAAGACAAUGCAAACACACAUACCUAUUUAUGAAUACAAACAAUAUCCAAUUUGUUGUGCAAAGGUGCAAGUGUACCUACAUUUAUAUACACAACCCUUUACCCUCAUACAUACAUGUACUGUAUACCUAUCUUACUGCAUGUAUACAGUACACCGGUCUACCUGCAUGCACAUAUACCUCUGUACCUGCAUAUAUACCCACUGGUUUACCUCCAUAUACUUCUCAUCAUAUAUAUACCUCUCUUAUCCCAUAUGCAUAUAUAUAUACAUACA